UGAGUUUGUCACAUUUAGAUCAUUACGUUGACUCACUUUGUCUAGUGAAGUUCAAAGAUAAAGUCGAUACGAUGAUCGAUUCGAAGCCGCCGGCGUUUACGAAUCUCAAUGACUACGCUAAGGAAGAUGUCGGAGCCAAAGUGCUAUUCGCUACCGAUGAUUUCUUCGCAAUAUGUGAUAAUAUGUUACUAAGAACUGAACCUGAGUUUAUAGCUGAUAAGUACACGGAAUAUGGAAAAUUGAUGGAUGGAUGGGAGACACGACGAAAAAGGGUUGAGGGACAUGACUGGUGUAUUAUAAGACUUGCUACUAUUUGCACUAUUAAAGGUUUAUUGAUAGACACGGCAUAUUUUAUUGGUAAUUACGCACCAAAAUAUUCCAUUCAAGCUGCGGUAUUAAGACCUGAAGACGAAGCAAUAAUACCAAAAAGGAACGCAAGUAUAGGUACUGGAGCGACAGAAGACGAUUUCAAACAGAUAAAUAAGCUACGUUCAGAUGGGUGGGAAGAAAUUGUUCCCUUAACCGUAUUGCAGCCUGGUAAUGAAGUGACUCGCAGAAAUUAUCAAAAGGUGCUCAGUGAUGAAGCCUGGACACACAUACGGAUAAACAUAUUCCCUGAUGGUGGAAUAGCAAGGCUCAGUGUAUUCGGAGAAGCCAUGCCCCCAGUGCCACCCCCUGACCAGUUAAUAGACUUAAUAUCUAUGCUCAAUGGAGGAAAACUACUUGGGUUUUCAAACGGACAAUUCAGUUCUCCAAAGAACCUAAUUAAACCAGAAAAAAGUCAAUCAAUGGCUGAUGGUUGGGAGACAGCUCGUAGACUAGAUAGGCCUAAGGUUAUUACUGCUUAUGACAAUGGAACUAUCACUUCACCAGGAGAAGAAUAUGCAGUUUUCAAACUAGGCUUUACUGGCAGGGUUAAAAAAAUCUGUGCCGAUACAACCCAGUUUAAAGGAAAUUACCCAGAUACUAUUAGAUUUGAGGGAGUAAAUCUUGGCAAUAAGGAAUGGGAAGAUUCUCAAGAUAUUCCCUGGAAGACUAUCCUUGGUCCUGUUAAGUUAUCCGCAAACCGGGAACAUUGGUUUGACAGCGACACCGACGCCAUCAACCAUGUACGAGUCAUCAUCGCGCCUGAUGGUGGUAUGAGCAGAGUCAGGAUGUAUGGUUUCGUGGAAUCCAACGAAAUUAUGUAACUUAACAAACUACACCGAAUUGUAUUAUUGAGACGUAUUCAUUUCAAUGCAACUAAUAUUAUGUAAUUGAAGCUAUAGGAUAAAUUAUUUGUCAACAUUCCAAUUAAUUCAUCUAAGCGCCGAUUUUUCAAUCCUUGGUUAAAAUUUAUCCGUUCAAUAAAGUAUUACACGAAUAUUUUAAAAUGUCACCUGUAAACUGUCAAAUACGGACAAUUAGAAUACAUUUUUGAAAUGGUAGUUUAAUGCGUUAUUCGAUGAAUAAGUUUUAACCAAGGAUUGAAAAAUCAGCCCUUAAUUUACUUAUUUUUACACAAACAAUCGAGGAUUUUUGCUGGAAACUUCUUUAGGCGCGUUGUGAGUAAAAUUUCCAGGUCGCAUCGGCACACACGCUUUUUUUAUUCCAAAAUAUUUUUAAUAAAAC